AUGGCGUUUCUUUCUCACAUUUCUUUCUCACAGGUGUUCCUGGUCACAACAAUGCUCGUUCUGGCCGGCAAUGGAGAGGCAAGAGCCAUCAUAGGCAGCCCUUUUUGCGCUCAAACAAAUCCUGGAGUAGAGAUGGAUCUUUGUAACUCGCUGGUGAAUGGAGCAAGGACCUGGAACGAAGCACUUUCAAGAGUGAUCCUUGCAGCCAUUGAACAAGUGAAGCCAGUCAAGCCAUUGAUCGAUGGUCUCGGCCCAAAGCUGCCCCCCUCACUCCGUCCAAUCUCCAGAGAUUCAAUCGUACAAACAUGCAGCGAAUCUUACGGCAAUAUCCUCGAUGAGUUCAACGGAGCCUUGGUAAACAUCAGGACUGGAGAUAAAACAGGAGCUAUCAAUUCCCAGCUCUCAGCUGCAUUGUCCAGCUUGUCAGAUUGCACUGAUGGACUUGAGGAAUUUGGAAUUGAUGGAGGUGAUCUUAAGAGAUUCCAGGGUAUUUUGGAGAAGUAUGCAAGCCUUUCUUUGGCUGUUUCAUCCACCAAAACUAAAAAAACAUAG